CCAUGCUUGCUCCCUGCACUAACACAACUCCAUUCCUCUCUCUCUCUUCGCCUUACACAUUUUCUUUGUAAUUUAAUUUUUUGCUGUAAAAGUUUGAUUUUCUCCUGCGAAUCAGUCACAGGUUUUCAGAGAAAAAUGCCUCUCUCUCUCCACUUGUCGUCCUCUCCUUCUGCCAUUUGCUGCCCUCCUUCUCCGGCGUCCGCCGUUAACCACCUCAUCUUCUUCUCCGGUCUUCCAACAACGCGCCUGUGCUCCAAAUCUCUUCAUGCCAGUAGUAGGAAGAGAUCCCGUGCAGUGUGCUGUAGUUUGGACGUUGUAGGCCCCACUGUCGGUCAGGUCAUCGAGGUCAACAAGGAUACCUUCUGGCCCAUCGUUGAAGCCGCCGGCGAGAAAACCGUGGUCGUCGAUAUGUACACUCAAUGGUGUGGUCCUUGCAAAGUGAUGGCUCCAAAAUUUCAAGAAUUGUCUGAGAAGUACCUUGAUGUUGUUUUCCUAAAGCUUGAUUGUAACCAAGAAAACAAGCCUUUGGCAAAAGAGCUUGGGAUAAGGGUGGUUCCUACUUUCAAGAUUCUAAAGCACAACAAAAUUGUAAAAGAAGUCACCGGGGCCAAGUUUGAUGACUUAGUUCUUGCCAUUGAGACUGUCAGAUCUAGCUGAAUUCCCCUCUCGGGCCUGCCUCCCUUCCCCCUUUUUGUAAGUAUUCAUGAUGCACAGACUUCUGUUAAAAUGAUUGUUGUAUGUAUUCAUGGAAAGCAAUAUGUAUCUUAUGACAGCUGUAAUUGGAUGGUGAAAUUUCAAUAAGCAUUUGGUCUGUUAUUUGUCAAAUUCCUUCACCUUUCAGGAAAGAGAAUUGACAAUAGAAACAAUGUAAUUAUGGAAAACUAAGCCAUCGCGUUUCUUAUAGGGUCUUUCUUUUGUGAAA